UUGAACUGGAAACAUCUUUUUCAUGGAGAUUGGUCCAAUUCUACCACCACAUCUAGCCAAAAACUUGAACUCAGAUGUUAAAAAGAGUGGAAAUGUUAAUGAAGAAGACGAGAAUUAUGAACGAUCUCAAUUAGUUCAAGCAGAAGGCAAUGACAGUGAUGAAUGUGAUAGCUAUGGACCAGCUUUGCCCCCUGGCUUUCAGAGAAAAGAGGAAAGUGUUUCUAGACCAAGAGUCAUCGGACCCAUGAGACCUCCACAGUUUGAACAUCCCAGGGCAUACACAUCAAGUGUAGAUGAAAAGAAUGUCAGCAGCGAUGAAGAGGAAGAUACCAUUGGGCCGGCACCACCAGCUGAGGCAGAGAUGGAUGUUGGAUUUGAAAGGACCAAGAUGGACAUAGAGGCUCGAAGUAAGGCUAAGAAAGAUCAAAUGACAGGCAAGAAAGACUCAAAGCCUAAAAGAGAAUCUUGGAUGACAGAACUUCCCCCAGAUUUGAGCAAAAACUUUGGUCUUGGACCACGUAAGUUCCGUGCUCGUGCUGUUGAAGUUGGAGAUCAGUCAGUGUGGACCGACACUCCUGCAGACAACGCCAGAAAGUCAAAAGAAGGUGGCAAAGGUUCUAAAAGAAGUGCUGAUGAAAGUGAUCCAGUCAGGACUCCAUGGGAGUUAGCGAGAGACCAACAUAUGAGCCACCAAGUUGAAAACUACAAUAAGCGGCACAGAGGAGAAUCCCUAAUGGACCUGCACACCAAGAAACUUGAAAAGCAAAAGAAGGAAGAUAAAGACAAGCCUGUAGAAAGAAGACCAUUUGACAGGGACCAAGAUUUAAAUUUGCCAAAAAUGAGCGAUGGGCAAAAGAAGUCCGUUAUCCAGAAAUCCAAAGAACUUGGAUCCAGGUUCCAACAUUCCCGGAGUGGCUCUUCAUUCCUUAUUUGUGACUUGACAGGUCUUGGACCACGUAAGUUCCGUGCUCGUGCUGUUGAAGUUGGAGAUCAGUCAGUGUGGACCGACACUCCUGCAGACAACGCCAGAAAGUCAAAAGAAGGUGGCAAAGGUUCUAAAAGAAGUGCUGAUGAAAGUGAUCCAGUCAGGACUCCAUGGGAGUUAGCGAGAGACCAACAUAUGAGCCACCAAGUUGAAAACUACAAUAAGCGGCACAGAGGAGAAUCCCUAAUGGACCUGCACACCAAGAAACUUGAAAAGCAAAAGAAGGAAGAUAAAGACAAGCCUGUAGAAAGAAGACCAUUUGACAGGGACCAAGAUUUAAAUUUGCCAAAAAUGAGCGAUGGGCAAAAGAAGUCCGUUAUCCAGAAAUCCAAAGAACUUGGAUCCAGGUUCCAACAUUCCCGGAGUGGCUCUUCAUUCCUUUAG